AUGACGACACUUUUUCGACGAUUCGUGAGAGGAAAUGGAAAUCUCAACAACGACGAUACUGCUCGGACUACUUCACAUAUUGCCAAUGUUACCGCAGGCGGAAACGAGACUGUCGUUGCGGGAGACUUGCAAUAUGUUGGAGAGCAGGGAGGGAAUGAUGCUCCUCUUGCAUAUCAAGAGGCGAGUGGAGCUCCUGUUGAGACUCAGUCUCCACUGGGUUACUCUGUUGGUCCUAUAACGAUUAUGUUUUUGAAUAUCAGCAAGAUGAUUGGGACUGGGAUUUUCUCGACUCCAUCUUCUAUCUUGACGGGAACGGGAUCUGUUGGAACAAGUUUACUCUUCUGGAUUCUCGGCUACGUAUUAUCACUAUCAUCACUAUCCGUUUACCUAGAAUACGCGGCAUACUUCCCCAGUCGAAGUGGAAGUGAAGUCGCAUAUCUCGAACAAGCAUACCCCCGACCAAAAUGGUUCAUGCCCACAACCUUCGCAAUCCAAUCCGUCCUCCUCUCCUUCAGCAGCAGCAACGCAAUCGUAAUGGCACGAUAUCUCUUCGCAAUCGCAGAUUACAAUUCCACCCCCUGGGAACAAAAAGGCCUUGCAGUAGCAUGCUACACUCUCGCUGUUCUAUUCGUGCUCUUCAAUACGAGAUUCUCCUACUUCACAUCCAAUGUAAUUGGUGUUGUUAAAGUACUCACUCUAGUCUUCAUUUCUAUUCUUGGACUCGUGGUUCUGGGAGGAUAUACACGGGUACAACGACCAAGUACAAAUUUUCGGAAUCUUUUUGAGGGAGAUAUUUCUCCCUGGGGAGUCACGAAUGCGUUGUAUCGUAUUAUUUUCUCGUAUGCUGGGUUUGAGAAUGCUUUUAAUGUUGUUAAUGAAGUCAAGAACCCUGUGAAAAGUAUCCGGAAUAAUGGAUUUGGGGCUUUGACUAUUGUUGCUACACUUUAUAUGCUUUGCAACGUCGCCUUUUUCGCAGCUAUUCCGAGAAAAGACAUGGAAGAAGGUCGAGUCAUUGCAGCAUCCUACCUUUUCACAAACGUCUUCGGGGAGACGAAUGCCGUUCGAGGUUUGAACUUCUUGAUUGCCUUGUCAUCUUUUGGCAAUCUGAUCGCUGUUCUGCUUGGCUCCUCUCGUAUGCUGCGAGAGUGUGGCCGUCAAGGGGUUCUGCCAUUUCCCAAAUUCUGGGCCAGUACGAAACCAUUCGGGACUCCUGCUGGACCUUAUCUCCUGAAAUGGUUCACCACGAUCCUCGUCAUUUUGGCUGUUCCAUCAGGAGAUGCUUUCAGUUUUAUGGCCGAUCUGAAUAMCUACCCAGCGUCGGUAUUUACCUUUYUCAUGGCAAUAGGACUUGUUCUCCUCCGUUGGAAGCGCCGAGACUUGGGACUUCCUCGUCCUACAUUCAAAGCCUGGAAUAUCGGUCUCAUAUUCAACAUCAUCGUUCAAGUAUACCUUCUUGUCAUGCCCUGGUAUCCUCCAGAUGGGGGUGCGACUGGUGGAGAUGUGAGCUUCUGGUACGCAACAUACAUUGUUGUCAGUCUUGCAAUUCUAUUCAUUUGCGGGCUAUAUUACUACGUCUACGUCAAACUUCUGCCAAAGUGGAAGAAGUAUGAGUUACGGCAGGAGGUUAUCCAGCUUGGGGAUGGAGCUCAGACACAUGCUUUGGUCAAGGUUCCAUAUGGAGAGGUGGAUGAAUGGGAUAGAACUCAUGAUGCAUAUGGAGCCAAGUACGGGCAAGAAAGUGGGUUCAGCUCGGCUGAGAAGGUUGAUGUUGAUGUGAGCGUCAAGUCGAAGGCGCUUGAAGGGUGA